AUGCGCACAGUUUGUUUUUUACUAUUACUCUCAGCAGUUGCCAUUUCGGCAGACCUUGAAUCUGAUUUCAAGGAUAUUUUGCAACAAGUUUCCAAUGAAAAUCAUCAAGAAGGUGUGAAGGAAACACAUCAUCUGGCUUUGAAUUCGGAUCCAGCGCAAAACACCAAACUCAAUGGAAAAUUUCGCAAUGAUCUUUCAUUUCCCCAGAACUUUAAUCUACUGAACUUUAUCCAAGAAGUAAUGCAACUAAGUGAUGUCAAGAAAAUUAUUGAUUUUCUCAAACAAUGGGGUUUUGAUAUGAAUAUAGUGAUUUCACGUUUGGCAAAUUAUGCCAUGAACAAUCCUAACAUCUUUAAUAACAUCCAACGGUUGUCCAGUGAAAUACCAUCGCACGAUAUUACACAAAUAAUUCAAGAGAAAAUCCAAACAAGUCCGGAAUUUGCUAAAUUUGCUACAGCUGUUAAUAAUCCCAAGUUAAAGGGACUACUUUAUAAUGUUGUGAAUUCAAAGGAACUACAAGGACAGGUCCAGGGUGUUGAUGUGAGGAGACUUUUCGGAUCAUUAAGGCCAUUUGUUUCGGGUUUUAUUAAAGCCUCCAAUAAUAACCACAGACAAAUUAUUUACUAA